AAUAGAUAUUAAUCAUAGUGUCUACGUUAAUUCAGCAGUUAACCUUACCGAGAAUGGGAUAAACUGCUAUGACGAGAACUGAAAAAAACACGAGCAUCGCACUUUCCUCGUGACCGAACCAAAUACUUUUGAAGGUUCUCUCUGAAGCAGCGGAGAUAACAUGAAUUGAUUGUUGAUUUUUUUUAUAAAUCCCAUUUCAAAUAUGUAUUUUUAUUAUUUUAUUAACCUCCGAGAAGACCGACAAUGAAACUGCUCUGUUUGGCGGCGUUCCUAUUCUCGGGCCUGGCAUCAGGAAAAUCGCGCUUCAAGUUGAAUGAUAGAUGUGUACAACCUAGGGGCGACUUCUGCGUGGAGAUCCGCAGGUGUCCGUACUUUGCGGAUCUGCUCGAUCGCAGUGUCAUUCCGCGACCGAAGCACGUCAUCGACACGAUCAGGACGUUCCAGUGCGGAUUCAAGGAUAACACGCCUCUGGUCUGCUGCCAGAAAGAGCAGGCCACGAGUCUGCAGGCCGCCAAGCCGCCAGACACCUCCAAGCACAGGAACAGGGUGCUCGUUCCUCAGGAUGACUGCGGGCCCAUCGCCAACGAGUUCAGGAUCACGGGCGGCCGAGAAGCCGGUCUCUACGAGUUCCCCUGGAUGGCGUUGCUCGCCUACAAAACCGAUAAAUCUGGACACGAAUUCCGUUGCGAUGGUAGCCUGAUUAACGACAGAUACGUCCUGACAGCCGCCCAUUGCAUAUACAAUAUGACACUGGCCGGCGUCAGGUUGGGUGAGCAUAACAUCAAUACGCGCGUGGAUUGUUCGUCGGUAACGGGGAAGUGCGCUCCGCCCGUUCAAGACUUCUACAUCGAAGACGUCACCCUUCAUCCCGACUAUGUGCCGGCAUCCUUCGGCAACGACAUCGCCCUCAUCAGGCUGGCCACACCCGUCAAAUUCGCAAAUAAUGUGCAACCGAUUUGCUUGCCAUUUGGGUCGCUGUCCGAGAUGUCGUUGGUUGGAAAGUUCGCGAUGGUGGCGGGAUGGGGUGUCACCGAGACCGGGUUCAAGAGUCCUCAGCUGCUGAAGACGUUGCUGCCGGUUGUGUCGAACGACGAAUGCGACCGCAUAUAUCGGAAGUACGCCAACGUCACCAUGAAGCAGCUGUGCGCUGGCGGUGCGAUGGGACGUGACACGUGCGGCGGCGACAGUGGCGGACCCCUGUAUCAUGUCAGCCUCGUCGAGGGCGGCGAGCCGCGAUACGUGCAGCACGGCGUCGUGUCUUACGGUCCUCGUCACUGCGGCACCGAUGGUCAGCCAGCCGUCUACACGCGCAUCUCCUACUACAUGGACUGGAUCUUGGACAACCUGAAGCCGUCGUCCGACGAAGACGACGACAACGUCAACAACAAGCACCGCCAUCACCAAAAACUACAACAACACUGACGACGCUCUGUAGAAUGGAGAGGUAUUCCACUUUCUUAUUGGCAAAUUAAGAAAAAGAAAAAAUAUGGUGUAAACCGAAACUAAAGAAAAAUACCAAAUAUUUAUUAUUUAUAUGUAUAUAUUGUGAUAGAACUAACUGCUAAACUA